CGGGGGCUGCGCUGCCGGGGUGGGGGUCUGGGGGCGGGCAGGUCUGGCCACUUGGGCUGGAAGUUGCGGCGCGAUGGGGAACGAGCGCUGGAAAACCAUGGGAGGAGCCUCGCAACUUGAGGACGGGCAGCAGGAGAAAUCGCAGAGGAUGAGCUGUGGGUACAUCCUGUGCACCGUCCUGCUCUCGGUGGCCGUGCUCCUGGCGGUGACGGUGACGGGGGCCAUCCUCUUCAUGAACCACUACCACACGCCGGUCACCGAGUCACCCCCGGUCAUCAGCACCAACCCUGAGGAAGCCAACGCUCUGGUCACCAUCGAGAAAGCCGACAGCUCCCGCAUCAACAUCUUCAUCGACCCCAACUGCCCCGACGGGACGGGGACCCUGGGGCGCCUGGAGGGGCUGCAGACCUCCCUGCUGCGCGCCGUCACCGACCACGACGCCGAGGCCAAGGCCACCAGGAGCCAGCAGAAGGCCCUGCUGGUCACCGUGGCAGAUGAGGUGGCCAAGCUGCUGACACAUGCUGUGCAGCUGCGGGCUGACUGCGACAGCCUCAAGAAAGGGCACAGCGCCAUGGGGCAGGAGCUCAGCACCCUGCAGGGAGAGCAGGGCAGGCUCAUCCAGCUGCUCUCGGAGAGCCAGACCAACAUGGCUCGGCUGGUGAGCUCCGUCAGCGACGUCCUGGACACGCUGCAGAAGGAGCGUGGUGGUGCCAGGCCCCGGCUCAAGGCCGACCUGCAGCGAGCACCGGCCAGAGGAGCACGGCCACGGGGCUGCUCCAACGGCUCCCGGCCCCGAGACUGCUUUGACAUCUAUGUGAGUGGACAGCAAGAGGAUGGGAUUUACUCCAUCUUCCCCACGCACUAUCCCUCUGGAUUCCAGGUCUACUGCGACAUGACGACCGACGGGGGCGGCUGGACGGUGUUUCAGCGGCGGGAGGAUGGCUCGGUGAACUUUUUCCGCGGCUGGGAAGCCUACCGGGAUGGCUUUGGGAAGCUGACAGGAGAGCACUGGUUGGGGCUGAAGCGGAUCCACGUGCUGACAGUGCAGGGCAGCUACGAGCUCCGCAUCGACCUGGAGGACUUCGACAACGGCACCGCCUUCGCCCGCUACGGCAGCUUCGGCGUGGGGCUCUUCUCUGUCGACCCCGAGGAGGACGGGUACCCCGUCUCCAUCGCCGACUACUCAGGGACAGCAGGUGACUCCUUCCUGAAGCACAAUGGGAUGAAGUUCACCACCAAGGACCUGGACAACGACCACUCGGAGAACAACUGCGCGGCUUUCUACCACGGCGCCUGGUGGUACCGCAACUGCCACACCUCCAACCUCAACGGGCAGUACCUCAAGGGCCACCACAGCUCCUACGCCGAUGGCAUUGAGUGGUCUUCCUGGACCGGCUGGCAGUACUCCCUCAAGUUCACUGAGAUGAAGAUCCGGCCUGUCCGGGAGGAAAAUUAGCUGGAUGGCAUGACCCCCCUACCCUGUGCCCAGCCCCUGCCCUUCCCCACUGUCCUGCAGCUCUGUCAUUCCCCCCCCUCCUAGCCCCCCCAGUUGCCAUCUUCCCCAAGGGCUGGCCCAUCUUCCAGGGACCCCUGGGGAGGAAGGUUAAUCACCAGAUCUUUGCUCCUGCUGCUGUGGCUCCCCGACAGACCAAAUGGGUCUCGUGGCCAAAGCUGGACCCACGGGUGGUGCUCAUGGCUGUGGGAGAGAGGGCAGCAGGACACGGGGAUCUGGGGAGCUGUGCCCAAUGGGAUUCAGCCAGGAUGGGAAGGAAUGAGCUGAUGGGAGGGAGGGAAGGAGGGAUACAGCAGCCCGGGCAUCUCGGGUCACGUCUGCUGGCUGAGCUGCCAAGGAACUGGAGGACAUUUACCGUGGGGUGCCCCAAGCCCUGCAGACACCCCCAGGACUAGGCUGCUGCUGCUCUGCAUUUCCAGCUCACCCCACGGUGCUACUGGGCACGGGGAGGGCUGGGUGGGGUUGCAGCCCCUGCAGAUGCCUGACCUAUUCCUUCCGAGUCUGUAAACAUUUGUCUCUUCCCUUGCAAGAGCAAAGCAGCUGGAAAGGGACAGCCACAACCCCCUCCAUCCCCAUUAUCCCUGUCCUGGCCUCUGGAGCCUCCCAGUGGGUCAGGACAUCCUAAAGCAAGCUGGCAGGGUGCUGCAAGGACACACCCAGAAGGGAGCAUGGCACAGAGAUGUUUUGGUGGUGCUGGGGAAACGAGGAGCACGGCGAGGAGGAGGAGGUGAGGAAGGUUUGCUUCCCAGCACAGCUCUGCCUGCAUUUCACAGCUCCUCCUUCCCACCAGACCUACAGAGACUCACAUCAGACUUUCGCCAUCCAAAAGCUGUGACUGUUCCCAAAACCUCUGGCUCUGGAGAGCAUGCCUGCGUGCCCCCGGCGAGCCCCCUCCGCUCGCUCCCAGCCUAGGGACUCGCAUUCGUUUCCACCCAGAUGAGCCACACUCUGGCUCAGCACCUGCAGAUAUUCAAAGCCUUUCAUUUCUUCAAAUCCCAUUAAGGUUUUGCAAAAAAGAAGCCCCAAGUGAGGCUUAGCAUCUGCAGGGCCCUGAUAACUGGUGGCAGGCGAUGCCUUGAACCAGCCAACCUGAGGAGGAGCUUCCAUGGGGUAUGGGACUCCUCUGCCUCCCUGGAAAGACUCAAAUGGGGGAUUUUGUCUAAAAAAAAUAACACCAAGACUGAGGAGGCUGCAUAGGAACAGGGACAGAUGGGAUUCAACCACUCUUUACAUUAUUUUCUGCCUGUGCUACAGCAGCAAUGGGAAGCAGAGAACCCCACGCAGGGCCCUGGCUCUGAGCAACACUGUUGGAUGGACAGACUGCCUGAGGAGGGGAGGAACGAUCCCACCAUCUCCCUUUCCAGGGGGGCUUAAGACACUGAGAGAUCAAAGGCUCAUCUUGAUGGCUGUAGCAGAUUUGUACUUCCCUGUGUGCUUCUUUUUUUAAGCCUUCUCCCCCUUGAACCCUGUGCUGGAUGAGCCCUUUUCCCUGCUGGGCAAGUCUCUGUCUGUCUGUCCUGCCAGGAAAACGGGGACAAACGAUGCACUGGGGACAAAUGACGCACUGAGGACCACCUCAGCUUUCCCCUCUGCCAGAGACAAUCCUUGGAGCCCUUGGGUGAGGAUGAGCUCCUAGCGCAGGCACCGACUCCAUCCCCACCCACCUUGCCUGGAGCAGCCAGCCAGGAUGGCUUCCUGGAGCCAUGGGAUUGGAGGGAGCUUUGAGGUGACAUUUCCCAGCCAGCAUGAGAGCAGGAGCCCCCCGGCAGAUCUCCAGGGGCUUCUUUUGCCCCAUCAGACCCCUCUGGAGUGGGUCCCAUAUCAGGCAGAGAGCACAAUGCCUGUCUUUACCUUUUGUUCAUUAUUCCCAGUGGAUUAGCUGUAGCUGGGUUUCUAGCCCUUGCCUUCAGGACAAAAAGGCAUACAGAAGGAACCAUGUGCCCCGGGUGGGAAGGUUCAUCCCCUCCCUGGAACCCCCUACCAGUGUUUUUCCCUGCCAGGGGGGGGACAUUGUACGUGCAGUUUGUUGGUAGCACACCCUUGUGUAACUGCCCGUGUCACCCAGGACUCCCUAAUCAUGUUUUGACUUGCACGAGAUGGUGUUUAAUCCACGCAGAGACGCAGGAUAUCCCAGGAUUAUUCCCGUGGGAGCACGCAUGGUUCCACGGCCCUGGAUUAGACUAAACCCCUCUGUGGUGACACCUCCCUGGAGAGGGGUGGGCAGGGCUGGCUGGUGGGGGAGUUGGGACCUGCCACGUACCUUCCUGAUGAAGCCCUGGGCCGGGCCGUGGUGUGUAGCAGUGCCGUGAAGUCUAGGUGGUGUGUGCGUGGUGUCCAGCGCUGUUCAUGUGGACUUUAUAAACUCCUUAAUAAAAGGAACUCAUCGUUAGCUGGUGUGUUGGUGUCUGUGCCAGCAGUGUGGGGACAUCACUGAAGGAACCUGCC